CGCAGUAGAAGCGGAUGAGGCUGGAGUCUGCGCAGUAGAGGCGGAUCAGCGCGACCAAGAGCUGCGGUUUCAUAGUCGACGAAGAGAAAUGCUCAGUUUUCCUUUCAUAUUGAAGUUUUCCUGCAGCACUUCCUUGUAGAAAACCAUGGCUGGUUCUGUGGCUUCAGACGACCAAAAAUUCUGCUUAACGGAGGUGCUUGACACUUUUAAGUUGUGUCUGUCGGAAAAUAAAGAAGUCUAUCUUGAACAGUACGUCGCUGGCUGGCGUGGACUUGUGAAGUUUCUGAAUAGCCUGGGAAGCGUCUUUGGCUUCAUUUCAAAAGAUGCUGUCAACAAGAUCCAGGUCCUGGUGAACUACCUGAACGGGGAGAACGGUUCUCAGUACAUCACAGUGCAGUCGAUGGUAAAGUACGAGCUGGACAAUGAACUUGUGGACCUGACCAAGAGAGGCAGCCAUCCAGAGUCAGGCUGUCGCACUCUGCUCAGGCUGCACCGUGCACUCAGGUGGCUGGAGCUCUUCCUGGAACGCCUUCGCACCAGCACCGAGGACAGCAAGACGUCUGUCAUGUGUGCAGAGUCGUACAAUGAGUCCCUUGCCCUGCACCACCCAUGGGUGGUCCGUAAGGCUGCGGGCAUGGCAUUCCUUGUGCUCCCUGGGCGCCCUGCUUUCUUCGAAGUGAUGAAUGUUGGCCCACCAGAGCAGGUUGUGGCCAUGCUCGGGGAGGCCCUACCUCUUAUCUCUGAGGUUUACCAGAUCACUGAGGAACUUUAUGCUCAACAUCUCCUUCUGGACUUACCGUAGACAGGAAGAAGAGCUACAAUUGUCACCUCAUGCUUCACCCUGCUGAAGGCUGUUGAGGCAGCUGCUAUUCCAGUUUAGUGAUUCAAGAGUUGUGUGACAAUUAAGUAUAAAUUCACUGACACUUAUCUGAAGCUACUGCAUAUCAGUUUUUAAUAUAGAAUGCAGCAUGUUUAACUAUGUCUUGACAUAAUCCGGCUUUGAACAAUCUUUUAAAUACAACAUUUGUUAUAAAGCUAUUGGGUUUUAAUUUAAAUAGAUGAAGGGAACUAAAGUUGGGUUUAGAAGUAUCUACUUGCUGCUAAAAGCUGUGGGUUUCAUACUUUAUUAAACAAACAAACAAGAAAAACAGUUGAUAUUUUUCAUUUGGCAGUACAAUAUUUAAAACUACGGAGGCAACAAUGCAUUUAUUAAUCAAGAACAAAACAAAUAUUUGCUUCCCACAUCUAAGAAUUUGCUGGGUGUCUGGGUUUUACAUUAGAAAAAAUGUAAUAUUUGGGAGUUUUUGUCUGACAAAAACAAGACAUUUGUUGAGAUAAUAGACCUUUUUCAUGGUGUUUUAUGAAGCUUUAUGGACCAAACAGUGAAUUGAGGAAGUAACAAAUUAGUUAUUUGAUAUCUCUUGGACACCAAUCAUUAUUUCUAUGUAUCAGAGAAAUGCUUGUAAUAAUGUAAUGUCGUAAUAAAUCCCUUAAUUCAUAUAUUAAUAAUAUAAAUCUAUAUUACAUUGAAACAUUGACAUGGUAGUUUCAUCGUAAAAAUGCAGCUGAAAGACAACCAACAAACUGUAGCCAUUAGCAAAAAUUUUCAAAUCAUUUACAAAAAAAAGUGCCAAACUACCAAUAUUAAUUACAGAAGUAGAAAACAAACUCUGACAUGAGUAUAGUUAUGAAUCUUUAAAUUUUUUGCAAAAAACCCAAAUCAUCAAACCACAUACAGAGAAUUCUCUGUUGUUCUAUUAGUGAAUAUUAGUUUUUUAGGGAACAAAAAAAAUCUUAGUCGUGGAGUCUACUGAUUAUGAUUUACAUAUAUGUAUAGAUAACAAAAUAUGCUAUGUUUACUGCUGAUGUACAGGUUAUAGGGCAUUAAUAUAAAUCCUCAAAUACACACUGGGCAACACUAUCUGAAGUAAAGGACGUAAAGUUCUACAAGAAUGUGCUGUACUUUAUAUUCUAUAUAAUAUAUAUUACUGGUCAUUCAUAAACAGUGUAACUUAAUAAAAACUGGGCUGAUGAUUAUUUGAAA